UCACUUUGCCGGUGGAAAGUUUGCUUGUUUGUUGUGUUGCCUGGACGUAAAUGUGCAAUUUAUAAAUAAAUAUUCAUUAUUUGUGGGUGAAAACCAAAAGAAAGGAAAUAGAGAAAAGGAGUUCUUAUUGCUACCAUCACUGCCAGAGUAGCUUGGAUCCCACAAACCAAACCUGGAGGAUAGCCGGAAUCAUCAGGAUGUGGCCCGGCUCCGAGCGUGGAAGCUCGCGGGCACUAGAGUUCCCAACGAGCCAGCAGAAUGCCGGCGGUAGUAGCCAGCAGGAAACGCUGGCCGACAUCGAACACAUAUCCACCAUAGCCGGAUCUUUGGCGUCCAUUGGCUCCAUUUCGCACACCCAAAUGCGUUACCAAUGCACCAAUGAUGCCGGCUAUGACACGGAACACACCUCCCUCAACUCGGAUUUUGAUGAAGUUGAGCUUCGCAGGGAGUUACUGAGAGAUAAAUGGAAACUACUUUUUGAUAUGUUCGAUCCGGAAGGUUUCGGGGAAAUAUCCUUCGAAGAAUUCGUUUUGGCCCUAAGAUCGCCAGAAUUUCUAUCCCAAGUGCCUAUGAACAAGCGAGAGCUGCUGCUGGAGCGGGCCAAGAAGGCGCAACUGCCCACAGGACCCGGCUACGUGACGUUCCAGGACUUUGUGAAUGUGAUGAGCGGCAAGCGUACACGAAGCUUCAAAUGCGCCGUACACCAUCGAGAUCGUGAGGUUUGCUCUGAGAACGACUUCCAGCUUGUGCUUAACGAACCGCCACUCUUCCGGAAAAUGGUGCACGCCGUUGCCAUGGAGAUCCUGCCCGAGGAGCGGGAUCGCAAGUACUAUGCCGAUCGCUACACCUGCUGUCCGCCUCCAUUCUUCAUUAUCCUGGUCACCGUAGUGGAGCUGGGCUUCUUUGUGUAUCAUUCGUUGGUCACGGGUGAGGCAGCGGCGCGGGGACCCAUUCCCUCGGACUCCAUGUUCAUCUACCGUCCAGACAAGCGGCACGAGAUCUGGCGCUUCCUCUUCUACAUGGUGCUCCAUGCAGGAUGGCUGCAUCUCGGAUUCAAUGUGGCCGUGCAGCUGGUUUUCGGUCUGCCCCUGGAGAUGGUACACGGUUCCACGAGGAUCGCCUGCAUCUACUUCUCGGGCGUGCUGGCGGGAAGCUUGGGCACCAGCAUCUUUGAUCCGGAGGUGUUCCUCGUGGGCGCCAGUGGUGGAGUGUACGCACUGCUAGCCGCCCAUCUGGCAAAUGUUCUGCUCAACUAUCACCAGAUGCGCUAUGGAGUGAUCCGAUUGCUUCACAUUCUGGUUUUCGUUUCCUUUGAUUUUGGCUUUGCCAUCUAUGCCCGCUAUGCUGGCGAGGAGCUUCAGCUGGGCUCAUCGAGCGAAUUCCAGUCCAUAGAUCAGACUGAAACGGUGGUCGCUGUUUCGUUUGUGGCCCAUUUGGCAGGAGCCAUAGCCGGCUUGACCAUAGGCCUCCUGGUACUCAAGAGCUUCGAGCAGAAGCUGCACGAGCAGUUGCUCUGGUGGAUCGCCCUGGGAACGUACUCGGCUCUGGUUGUCUUUGCCAUUGCCUUCAAUAUAAUGAAUGGAUUCGCCAUGUUUAACGUUCGAGUGGAGAAAAUACGCGUUACAGAGACGUAUUUCAACGACUUUCAGGUGUAGGAGAUCCCAGAAGGAUUCUCAAGAUUAGAAAAAUAAGAUAAUUUCGCUUAAAUUUUUGUUCAUUGCGUUCCGUUGAAGUUUUUAUUGUUUUCGGGCGUCGAUUUAGUUUACCCGUUUAUUGUUUUGUUAUAAUUACGGUGUAUCUGUAGAAUCGGAUAAAUCCGCGCAGCCUCUUUAGAUGUAUGCUUACUUGUAUUAUCGGCGUUAAUUUUGUUUUCAUUAAUAGUUAAGUGCAAACUAUAUUGAAUAUUUACAACAAAUCGAACUGAUAGGUGUGUAAAAUAAUGCUCAAGGAAUUCGAUAUUUAAAGAUAUAUAUAUAUAUAUAUACAUAUAUAACUGCAGAAUCAGAAGACUUUAUUUUUAGGAGAUAAGAAAGAAAACUCCACAAGAAAGUGUAAAAAAAUAUAAAUAAAAUGCGUACAUAUGUGCUUAAAGGGCUACAUGGAAACCAAUAUUGGCAAUAUUUAUUCGAAAUUCACAGGCCUUACAACAAUUUGAGAUAACUACCUCUACAACUAAUAAAUAAUAUUUAAAUGCAAUCGAUAAAUUUUAUUGAUAUAGCCGAGCAUAAUCGAGCACUGCCAGCUUCAGGGGAUCAAUUAAGCACCAGUAGAAAUAAAGCAUAAAUUUACACAUUUCGUAUUUACACAGUUUGCUUUUUAACUUGUAAAUAAACA